CGAGCAGGUAGGCCGGGACCUGUUCAUUGAUGGACUACGUAACAGAACGAUUCGGGGGAAGCUACGUAAAAACUUCUCUCCCAUUGAUCACACGCUGCAACAAAUUAUGGACUCUGCCGAAGAGAUGGAGAGGAAAUUCGCAGCUAGCUUCUUAGAAAACGAGGAUUACGGUAGAGAAGGAGACUCGUCCGAACUUGUGAAAGCAAGGGCGGAACUGGCCACACUACAAAACAAAUUCGAAAACAUGGGAUUCGUAUCCAGACCCGUUACGUAUGUAGAGCAGGUAAUACCGAGGACCACACCCCAUGGAGCGACUGUAGACAGGCAGAUCCCGAUAAUGGCGUCCCCAACCGUAACUCGGCCACCUCCACCGCCACCCACCAUCGAGUCACCCGCAAAAAAGAAUGAGUCUACUGCUAUCUCGGAGCUAACUAAAACAUUGGUUAGUCUAAUCCAAGAAAGCAAGAAGGAACAUCGAGAGCACAACGCCCGAUUAGAAGCUAUGAUGCGGAAUAUGCGACCCAUUGCGGUGCGAGCACCAAUGCAGGGAGGCAUGGCUGCUGCACAAGUGGCAGCGGGGCCAGCCGGGACAACGACAUAUGUCUGUUUUACAUGUCAUCAACCGGGACACUUGGCCCGAGAUUGCCCCCAUCGUGCCAUGCAGCCCCGAGCCGGGAUCGCGCUUGCAGCUGCAGCUCCCAUAGCUAACGGCCCAGGACGUGUAGGAGUCGUGAUGGAUGAUCAGGGGGGAAAUACGGGAAUGAUGAUUUCUAGUGAGGAAGCAGCUGAGCUUAUCCCGCUGGAGCAGUACAUAUCACUAGGAUACCCGGGGCUGGGAAUGAUUGGGACAAUUCGACCGGAACUCGAGUCCAGGGAUGUCGCCAAAUGGCGGCCUUCGUCGUGCGAAAUGGAGACGGGAGGCCCUACCUUUGUUACAGGAGAAAUCGAUGUCCUUGAGGUCACUCGAGCACUGGAUCAUCGAAUCCCGCUCCCAAUCGGCCACCUACUCUCCAUCUCGGAACAGGCGAACGAACGCAUGAUGCAGCAUUGCAAAGCGAACGGGAAGCGAUUCGCUUUUGCACGCGCAAAAGAUCAGAAGGCGAAGGCGCCGCCUUCGGAGGAAAAGGUGGACGUCGCCCCUGAUCCCAUCCGAGUCGGAUUAAUACAGAAAGAUGACCACUUUCUUCGGAUCAAGCCGAUUCCGUGGAAGUCAGCCGAAUGUGAUAUUGAAGUCUGGGGAAUGCCGUAUAGUGCGAUCAUAGAUUCGGGAUCGGUUGUCCUGGCGAUAUCACUCCGAGUAGUCAAGAGAGCGGGUAGGAAGAAUGAUUUGAUUAUGCUAACCAAUAAGGACCAGCUCGUAUCGGCUGACGAGGAAAAGAUCAAGACAGUAGGGCGUAUGACGAAUGUCGCGUUUCGAUUGGGAAAAGUGCAUGCUUUAGGAGAUGUUGUGGUGCUGGACGUGAAUACGUAUGACGUUCUGUUCGGGCUUCCUGCAUUAGUGGCGCUGCGUGCUAAUUUGGACUUCGAACGCCGAUCCGUCAUUCUCCGGAAUACCGGGGGAAAGCCGUAUGUAAUACCCAUGAGACUAACUCUUCGAACGUCGGUUAAGGUAGUACCCCGAAUUUCUCCGGAAACAAUGGGAGCGCUCCGCAUGGUCUCCUGGAAUGCACCUGUGGACGGAGGCCAAUCAUCGAACGACGCGUGGAGCGACGACGAUGAUGACCCAGUCGUUACGCGGUUAUUACGGCAGCGGAUUCACUACCCGCCGCCUCGCACUAUUGCGCGCACCAUGCAUCUAACCACACGGAAUGCUCAUAUGUUGAUCAUGGGAGAACCCCUCUAUGUACCUGAUGAGAUCCAUCGGCUGAUCGCUGAUAUUUUAAUAGAAUAUCAAGGGGCGAUUGGCGUGUCCGAUGCCGAUAUUGGAUUAUCCGUGGUCGUUCAACAUGAGAUUCAGACCGGGAAUCAUUCCCCGAUCCACUGCAAGCCGUAUCGAUACUCGUUGAUAGAGCGCAAGAUGGCCUUGCAGCGAAUCAGGGAAUUUGAGGCAAACGGAUGGAUUGAGCCUGCCACCGGUCAAUGGUCGUUCCCAGUUGUGUUGGUUCCCAAAAAGAACGGGUCAGUCCGCAUAUGCAUCGAUUAUCGAAAGCUAAAUGAUAUCGCGAUUAAGGAUGUGUAUCCCCUUCCCCGGAUUGAUGAUCUACUUGAUGCGAUCGGGUGUGCUAACUACUUUGGCAAGUUCGACAUUCGGCAUGGGUUUCAUCAUAUCUUGGUGAAAGAAGAAGAUCGGCCCAAGACCGCCUUCGUUUUGUUUGAAGGCACGUGGCAGUGGGUUCGGUGCCCGAUGAGAAUCUGCAACGCGCCUGCCACGUUGCAGCGGGCGAUGAAUGUGACUUUUCAGAAUUUCGUCAAUAAGACGCGGUUGACUCAGGGGAUGAUUAACUUCUGCGUCAUUGUGUACAUGGAUGACAUUCUGGUGUACUCGGACACGUUUCACGGACACGCGCAGCACAUCGAAUGGACGUUGAGUGCGUUGAGAGACGCAGGUUUCAAGAUCGCGCUGGAAAAGAGCGAGUUUUUCCUCCCGGAAAUCUCGUUCUUGGGGUAUGUGGUGACACGUGGAGGCCUGCGGCCGGACUCUCGAAAAGUCGCGGCGGUCAAAGAGGCCCCUGUUCCGACCUCACUGACGCAGUUUAUUCUCAUCACCGAUUGGCAGCCAGAGGCUAUUUCGGCCAUCCUGGCGCAGAAGGGAAACGAUGGGAAGGAACAUGUCAUCGAGUACGCUUCUCGGACGGUGCCAGACGAGCGACGAAACGAUUCCGCGCCACAAGGAGAAUGCUAUGCGGUAGUGUGGGGUAUCCAACACUUCCAUCCGUAUUUGUACGGUCAUAAGUUUCUGCUCGUCACCGACCAUGAACCUCUGUUGGCUCUGAAAAAGCUAACCAACUACACGGGCAUGAUCGGACGAUGGGCGGUGCAGUUGCAAGAAUAUGAAUUUGAAAUUGUUCAUCGAAAAACGGAAAGACACGGCAACGCCGACGGACUGACACGUUUGCACCGACCCGUGCGUCCAGGCUGUCGGAGGCUUCUCACCCAGGAGCUUACGGUCCCAAUUGCGCAGCUGGUCGAACAUCUUGCAAUCAGCAUUGUCUCUCAGGUCGACCCGCGCUUGGUGCCCCACGUCACCUCGCGCACGUUGUCGCCGUAUCUUCAGUGGUCAACUUGCGUGGAGGGCUUCCCAUCGAGAAUUCCGCCUUCACGGUUGGAUUACUUGGAUCCGCGCAACAUCGUGGAUCCCGCUUUCUACAGACCGCCGUACGAAGACAAAUUGGAGGAGAUAAUCCGCGAGGAGCUCGCGGAAGAAAGUUCGGAGGAAGAGGAGGAGAAUCUCAACGAAGACGAAGGGGAGCCGGCACAGUGACGAGAAGGAGACGAAGACGAGCUCCUGCAAACGA